AUGGGAGGGGAAACCCGGGAGAUAUCGCUAGACGGAGACCUCCAUUUGGAGUGCCCCCGUCAGAGGAGCUUCAAAGAAAAUAAAAGCUGUGACAUUGCAGAAGGGUACCCUGUCAGGAAGGGAACCAGUGCAACUUAUUUGGGUCACGGCGAGGAAGAAGUAAUUGCAGAGCAUUCCACGCGUGAUAAGUAUCCCAUGGAGGGAGGUGCAUUCACUAAGCAUCCCUCGAAUGGAAAGUAUAACAAAAUGGAUGGAAAUAUGAGUAGUCGUCUAAAUGGACAAAUGGUCGUUGCUAACUUGGAAGGGGGGAACUGUCCAGGAUGUGCAAACCUUUACGGCAGACCCCAUCAAGGAGAGUUACCAAAGUGCUGUGAGGAGGAAAACAACAGAAGGAGUAACCGCACAUGUGAACAGCCCCAAUGGAAUCGCACCAACGGGGAGAGAGACACAAAACGUAGUCUUAACGGUCUACUUAGACAUGAUGAGAAUUGCCCCCAUUUUAAAGCCUUGAAAAUUUUCCAUCACAUAAGGGAAGGGGGAGCUAACGAAGGAGAUGGUCACAGUAGUAGCAGUUGGAAUGACACGGAUUACACCAACUUUGAAAACUCGGAUGCAGAGGAUGACAGCUGUGGGGAAGGUGAGGAGGAUGUUGCCCAAGGGGUAAACUUUGGAACCACACUGGAAAACAUUUCCCCCAGCAACAACCAAGCUGCUCGCACGAUCGGUACUACCUUGGAACAUUAUGGAUGGAGAAGGAAAAAAAAAAAAAAAAAAAAAAAAUGUACGUACGAACAGGCCAGUGAGAGGGAGUCAGAUCAAGUGUUGCACAACAUGGCCAACCAGAAGUUGACUGGCACCUCCGUCAUGUUGACGGGGGAGAAAUCCAAAUACAUUUAUAAACUAGUUCCCUUUUUUAAGAACGGGGAGGCAAAAUUCUACAUGAAUGCCUUUACGGCGUAUGACCAACUGCGUGGGCAGUUCAGGAGGGCCCCCGAGGGGCUCGACAAGCGUUGCGAACGUGAUGAUCGUGGCAAACGUUAUCGCCUCGGGGAGCUGCACACCAGCAUGAAGAGCGCCAUGGCCUACUUCUACCUUAUGAACGAGAAGGUGAUGAGUGCAACCCGGAACAGGCCACCCCGAAGCAGCCCGUGCAAGGGAACCCUUCAAGGGGGCCAAAUGCACGAUGCGAUGGAGCAUCCUCCCAACUGUACAGCGACCAGUACAAGUAUCCCCACCACAAGUGCAAAUACGAACGGGGAUCAUUUUAGGGAAAACUACGUAGAGGAAAGCCCCGAAGUGGAACGACCCCCCUGUGAUAAUCCCCAGCUGGACAAACCCAACUCAACGUUGAAGUCUCCACGUCGAGGGGAGGAGGACACAAAUGGAACAAUACGAAGUAGUAGCCACUACGCUGUGCAGAACCUGGAUGAACAUAAACGUCCAGUAGAGGAAGGAAAGACAAGAUUUCCUCUCAGUGCAGACUCUCCUGCAUACGUAGGAAGCGAUAUCAUAUCUUGUCACCACCUGCAAGGGAGAAACGGUCAUUACACGAAAAACAGAAACACCAGUGCGCUGGGCGAACACCGUGUCUUGGCCUUUUUGGUCAGACAGAAGCUCAUUCCAAAGUUUUACAACAUAGUACCUGUGUAUAGAUGUGAGGGGAAAGAGGCGUCCUCCUAUUUGGGGGAGACCCACAAAAUAAAAAGUGGGAGCCAAAGUGCAGGCUCCGAUGCGGACUGCGUACUGGAGGGAAGGAGAAACAAGCCGCAUGAAGAAGAGCCACCCCUUAACGGUAAACGUGACGACAUAGUGAUGAGAAAAGAUAUUCCUGUUAAAGAAGCCGAAAAGUGGAGGGUCGGAAAGUUGAGCGACCUCGUGAAGGCAGCCGAAGGGACUCCAAGUGGAGACCCCCCCGAACGCACAGUCCACUUAGCGCUGAAAUUGAAAAAAAUUUGCCACACGAUUAACCCCCGAAACCAGAACGUGCUUGACCUAAAGCUAGGUUACAACACACUGAAGGAUAAUGACAUGCAGUUUAGUGAAAGACUGAAGGAAGAGAGCGACUCGAUCCCGUGGAGCGAAAAGGAAAAAUACGUGAAGAGGUGGUCGAGGAUGAAAAAAGACAUACGAAGUGCACACCUAAAUACAAGUGACGAGCACAUUAUACAUCUAUCUGCCAGGGACAUGAACUUACCCCCUGUAUUUUUCAACUACGAUAAUCAUGAAAUUUAUUGCCUCUUAAAAUCGUGGAAGCAAGAAAUUACUGCACGCAUAACGACACAGAGGAGGUUGGGAUUUCGUAUAUGCGCGCUAGUAUGCGGGGUGGAGCAACAGGACGUGUUGACGGACCAAGGGGUGCGGCAAUUCUACGUGGACUCUGUGGCAAAGUAUGGAUCGCUGGCCCAUGGUGGUGCGGGUUGCUACGGCAAGCAGGACCACCAGCACAACCAGCACAACCAUUUGCAGCACGACGGGGCGAGAACCCCCCCCAGCAUCGACCACUGCUACGACCGCGUCGACAACAAGCUGCAAAUCAGCAGAGACGUCGGACUCCACCUAAGGGAAGAGCACGUGGUGUACGCACUGAGCUAUUUUUUCAAAAGCAUCGUUUCGAUUGUUCUCCCCAAAUUGAUAAGCCUGAAAGUGUGGCUAGAAGAACAACAUGUUUAUUCAUUCUGCUCGACUUCCCUGUUAAUUAUAUAUGACAGAAGCAACCCGCAGACGUGUGACGUAAAGUGGAUUGAUUUUACCUACUCCUUUGACAACACGGUGUCUCCAAGUAUAUGUGAAGAAAUGAAACGUGAGAGACUGAACUUGGACAUCCUUCUUGGCGUAAAUAAUUUAAUUAAAUUGUGCAGAACGGUGUUUUCUGAUGGUGAAGUACCGCCAUCUCCAUCGUAUCCGUCGAGCGGUGAAAGGAAGCAAUCCCAUCUUGGGAUACACGACCAGCCAAAAGUUAACCCGUAG